AUGCUCGAGCUCCUUCUCUCGACGACGACGACACCGACGUAUCAAAAGUGCGGGUACCGUACUGGCAAGUGCACGCACCCGAGCGCGCUCAAGCGCAACGGCCAGUUCCACCGGCUCUGUGCCUUUCACCGGCAAAAAGCCAACUGGAACCAAAUGAAGCUCGACCGGAAGAAGCGCGAGCGUCGGGCAUCGACGGACGACGACGACGCCGUCGCCAUCUUCUCGCCCGCCACCAUGUCACCGGUGCUGCCGUCGGCCCUGGACGACGGCCCAUUCACACUCGCCUCGGAUGAAAUGGACUUUUUCCUCGACGCCAUUCUAUCGUCCAAGGGGCUGCCACCGAUGCCCGACACGACGUUCUAUUGA